GCCGUGGCACCGACAGAGAUCUGGGACACCAGAGAGAGAGAGAGGGAGAGAGAGAGAGAGGAAGACAGAGCACAGUUUACAAUUGGAGAGUAAUAGAUGAGAAUGAUGCAACAAUGUACUGGAAUCUGGCAAUGAUGGAUUGGAACAAUGCAACACUGGAUUUGAUUCUAAGAACAAAUGAUUGGAAUGUUACAACAAAAGAUUGGAAUGGUUUGACAAUGGUUCAAAAUGUGAGAACAGUCGAUGGGAAUGGGAAAACAUUGGGAAGGGGUUUCAUUGAGAUGUUGAAUUCUCUUUCUGCUACUUUCGAUCGGAAGUCUCUGAAAUACCACAUUCGAAUGGUCCUUCGGAUUAUGCAAUUCAUUUAUUAUCCGAUUCUCGCUAUCAUUGCAGUGCCUGCCAAUGUAGUAACAAUUGUGAUCCUGUCAAAAGAAAAGUGUGGUCUCUCCCGAUGUGUUUCUCACUACCUGGUAGCCAUGGCAACAGCAGAUCUCCUAGUCAUUAUCUUUGAGCUCAUAUUGCGACACAUUCCAUUUGUCUAUUUGGAAGGGCAUCAUUUCUUAGAAGGUAUCCCUGUGUGUAAUAUCCACGCUGUCCUGCUAUAUGCAGCCACUGACUGUUCUGUCUGGUUCACCGUCACUUUCACCGUUGAUCGAUUUGUAGCCAUUUGUUGCCCAAAUCUGAGAAGUAAAUACUGCAAUGUGAAAACAGCAGCCGUGGUUCUGGCAACAGUGACUGGAUUGAGCUGUUUGAAGAACAUUUUCUGGUAUUUUCUGUUUACUCAUCGGUAUUAUGUCAGGAGCAGACCCUGGUUUUGUUGGGUGAAAAAUGAACUGAAGUUUUCUCCAGUCUGGGGAGCAAUUGAGUUCUGUCAUUACAUACUAACACCAGGAGUUGCCUUUAUUCUCAUUCUGCUUCUCAAUGUUUUAACGGUUAGACACAUUGCAGUGACCAGCAGAUCCCGCAGGAGACUCCAUCAGCAGAGCAACAGAAAGGGCACCAAAGACGCACGGAAAUCCAUCAGCAAAAUCUAUCUGCCGAAGGAUUGCAGCACGUUAAGCUUGAAUUUUCCAGAGAGCCUAUCCAUCCGAGGAGCAGCUUCCUGGACCCCUCCAGAAGAGACAUCCCUGCCUCUGAACACCACCCCUGGGGAGCCUCCCAAAUUGACAGUUCUCAGGAAGCCAGAUCCCACGGAAGAGCCCAAGGCCAUUGUGUCCUGCCAUGCAGCGCCAUACUCCCAGCUCAGGAAACGUCUGACAAUUUGCCAUUGA